AUGGACUCAGUUCUAACACGCUCGGCCUUUACGCCUACUCGUGCAAAGUCCGCUGGGGCCAGAGAGCCUAUGGAAGACACCGACGCUUCCGGCACAAGGAAACGCCCUCGCUUGGACAGUGGAGACCGAUUUUACAGAAGCAUGUCUGCCGACAGACUGGGAGCUACCCCGACCGACCCUGAGCUUGCUAAAGAUCCAACAACACCUCCACGCGCCCACAUCUCAUCCCAUCCCUCAGAAACAGCUGGUGGGCUCCCAUCUAUGAGCCUUACACCCAGCAAAGAAGUGACCAUCAACGUCCGAGAACCCAGCACAAUCACCUCUCCAACACAGAUAUCCGCCCAAAUCGGUGGCACACCUUCGUUGCGGGGUGGAGGCGGAGGUGACCAUGUCCCGUCUAGCUCUAAUGACCCGUCGAGCAAAUUGGACUCUUCGCCAUCCAAUGUCAUCUCCGUGACCUCCUCUCCUCCGCGCAGCCCCGAGAUCGAAGUCGCCGAGAUCGAAGAUAUGAAUGAUGAAUCAGGAGAGACAAGAUGGAAACCUUUGAUAAGCGCCACAAGUCUCAUGGAUGCGAAGGACAUCCAACAGAGUGUAUUAGAAGACUUUCCGUAUCUAGGUGAGAGGAGCAGGAACCUGCGGAAAACUGUAGCUGUGCUCGCCCAGACCUUUGAGAAGGGUGACCUCGAUGAUGGUGAAUACUUUCGCCGUCUAUCCAUCUGGAUCGAAAUGUAUCUUGAAACAACAGAGCCACACACCUCUCAGUGGUGGGAGAUGUACCAUGAACAGCGUGCCUUCUGGGAAGAGUUUCCUUCCUUGGUGGAAGGCCUCUUGAAACGAAGCAACAAGAUUGGGAAUGUCAAGUUGGCGCAAUCGAGUAUUGGCGAUACGACGAGCAGCAUCGACCCUCUGCAGGAUUUCUUCGUUGCGUACACAGCAUUGGCUAUGCGAAUGGCCCGAAUCGAUAACCAGACGCUGGCUGGACACUUGGAAGAUCCUGGGAAUCCUCCAGAUCUGAUCUGCAAUCGCUAUCUUAUCUCUUUGAACCAACUCCAAAGCCAUACGUCUCAACUCUGGAAGUCCGUCGUCGAUACAUCGAGGUACGACGUCAAAGUCCCAGUGACCGCAAUAGUCAGCAGAUUCAUACAACCACCAGCAAGUGGUAUCAGAUGUAUGACCGAAAUCUGUAGAGAACUCUUCGAGCGUUCCCAAAAAUGUCCCGUUAUAACUCAAAGUAUUUGGGUCCACUUAAACAUCGCCAAUAAGGUGAUGAAUCAUUACCGAGUUUUGCAAAGCAGCAGUGCGGCGACCGAGGAGGCGUGGCUCCCCUCGUUUAGGGAUCUGCCUUAUCAAAUGUAUCAGUUCUUCUCGGUCAUUGACAAUCAGUUCCAGACCUUGAUCAGCAAGCAGGUCUCGGCCUUGUCCAUCGAAACUAGUCAAGGCCUUGUCAAUGGGAUGUCAACGCUUCUUCAGAAUAUAGCGUGCUCAGACGAGCAGCUGACCCGCAAGUAUAUACACGAAGAACUUGCUCUUACUCAAGAUUUCGACAGGGAUGAUGGGGCUCUUCUUGUCGAGUUAGCUUGGAAAUUUGGGUUGUUGAAGAAGUGCAUUCUUGAAGGCCGGAUGGAAAUCAGAGUCCAGGGUGUCGAUACAAUGCAGCUGGAGUUGGUGCAAGUGUAUCAAAAAUACGUCCAAAAUCGCGAAGGCGGUAAAGACCAUCCGACAGCCCAGUAUCUUUCCGACUUCAUGCUCGAUAACAAGCUUGUGGAUUAUUUCGUUGGUGUUGAAUCCCACCCACAGCUAAUUAACAGAUGUGCCAAUAUUGUGGGUUUCCUUGUUGUCACAGGCAGAUAUACCGAAGUUCAGUCGGAUGUCAUUUGGAAAGGAGUCGUCACAAGUCCAGAUUCACGAUUCAUCGAUGCAUUACUAAUUAUGCUAAACGGUAUCUUCAACAUCGCCGGCUACCCGAUACUACUUUACCUGACAGCGAAACUCAACGAAAUUCCAAUUCAUGCUUUUGAUGCCAGCAUGAACAAUUAUGGCAGAACGCUGCUUGACCAUCUUCGAAGAACGUGGAGCCUGAGCCAAAGCGAGAACCCUGUUUUCCCCCAGAGGAUGGAUAUGGCACCGUUCCACUUAUGCAUUCGGCUCAUCCGCCAAUCUUUAGCCGAGAGCUCUUUGGAGCACUCGAGAAAGCGAGAGAUUCACAAUUUCGCAAGAAACGAACUUGCAAGCUUGCUCGAGUUUGGACCUAGUGAUUCGGACAGAAAAGCCAUCUACAAGGAAUGCAUCAAAGACAUUUCAGAUCGGACCGAAUAUGCGACAGGCAGUAUUUCCGCCAUGUCUGCUCUGAUUAACCAGAACCCAGAAGGGGAAAUAAUAAUGUUAACUAAAGGGUCGAAUGUGACAUCUCUGAUGAUCGAAGAGUUCGCGCAUAUGAUAGACAUCGAACGAUCUUCAAACGGUCAUUCUCAGAUGCUUGAAGAGCGCUUGGACAUCCGUUGCAACCUUAUCCAACACAUCAUAGUUUCAGCCCCAGACACUAUCACCACCAGCGCUGGCGGUAAACUAUGGGACUUUGCAGUAGGGUCUCGGGCGCCUCAUGACCGGGCCCGCUCAUAUGGCUGGAUGUGCUUCCUCAAAGCAUUACGACGAUGCAAGGCCACCGAGAAUCCCUUUGUUGACCAACUGAUCAAAGAGUAUCUUCCCCGACUACAACCGCGGUACUACAACAGUGGUUGCCUGCAAUUCGUCCAAGAGGUUGUCCAUUACCAAUCAUGUAUGGCAACAUCCCGACUCGAUAAGGACGCUAAUGGAGGGCCGACUGCAACAGAUCUACUUUGGCAAUUGUCACUGACAGCGCCUCCGGGUAGCAUAGAACAUAAAUCCAUCAGCUUGCUUGUUGCAUUGUGUCUUGAUUCGCCAGACGUUCAACGCAGAACACAGGCUGCGACUGACGCCAUACACAUCGAGAUAGUUCAACGUUGUAUCCGACAAUUGAGCUCCGCGGCCUCCAAGUUACGAUCUUACAGCGACGGGACAUCCAGUGGGGAAGAUGAACCAAUGGUAAUUGUUGCCUCCGAAGAUGAGGUCCAGGCGCAAAAGUUGUGCUUCUCCAGAUCUCUCAUGAUACUAAAGGAGUUCAUUCACGGCGUUCGGUCACGUCCCCAAUACAGCCCCCAGCCACAGAGUCAGCCUCAGCUGCCUCAAGAAUCCCGCGGGCUCAAAGGCGACCCUAUCAGCAUCCGUUACCAAUCGUUUAGUGGUGGUGCAGGUACUGACAUUCGAACGCUGGAAGUUGGGGACCUUGAGACCAUACAAGACUUGUCCAGUCGCUUGAUCUCAUUGACAAGCUUUCCCAAUUUUAGUGCAAUUGCAGGGGGUCAAGUCUUGAAUUUGAAGAGUAUCGCUAACCAGACGCUCCGAAGUCUGAAGUUCGAUCAGAAGGGUCUUCUCAUUGUCAGGAGAGUUGCAGAUGCUGAGUCCGUGCCACCUCUUUCUCAUGUAUCCGGUUUGCGGCCGGUCGAGCUAGAAAUACUGGCUCAUUUCUCCGAAUUGUAUCAGCUGUUGGGUAUGGAGGACAAGCUUGCCAAAGAAGUCCAUGAGUUUUUGGUUGCGUUUCCGCCUCACAGCAGUAUUACGGCAUUGAUUCUUUCCCAAGACACGACGCUGGAAGCUGUCUUUCCUCCGACCGCGCCCUUCAAAAUUCUCUACUCGGUCUACGCGCUCAGGACUUGCCUGGUACAGCAGACGCAGAAUGGUCCUGCGAACGUUGAUUUCAUACAUCAUGGCAUUCAGUUAUUGAGUGCAACCAUGUCGACACUGAACCUCAACCUUGGGUCGCAUGGCGCCGAAGUCGAUAUCGUCGUGGCAUUAGGCCUCGUAGACUGUCUACAUAUGUUCCUCAAAGAGCCUAUGCCUGCCGAAGUCGGCUUGUCGGUGUUCCCCAAUCCACUGGCGCUCCUGAAGCGUCUGCUGUCCAUGAUCUCAGAGGCUCUUACCGUAUUGAACAGCUCCGAGGCCGAUUUCCUGGCUAUCAACUCCUUUGCGGCCCUUUUAAAAGCAUCUCUCUGCUCCGAUACUUUCUGGAAACACCUCAAGGACGCGGAUGUGUGCUCCGAGCUCUUGCAACGACUUUUGCUCGACGAACCAAAGUGGCAGACACGUGUCAGAGUGGCUGAGUGGGUAAAAAGUAUAUGUCGAUCUCAAUCUGCAUCCCAAACAGCAACAGCGGAAAACUUCAACUCUUACCUCUGGGAGAACAUAGCAAAGGUUAUUCCUCAUUGCCUUCAAUAUAGAAACACAGCCUCGCAACAGUUCUUUGAAGUUGCGACGCUCCUCUUCAGAUCGACUGGUGACGCAUAUUAUGGGACGCUCGAUGUAUCUAGUUACGUUCAUGGUUGGAGCGGACUACUUUUGAAACAUGAACACGAAGAGUUCGUGGGUCGCGACCAGAUAGACUGGAUUGUCCUUGGACUUUCUUCUCUGCUGAACUGGUCUUUCCAGGUCCUUAAGUCGCUGGGCAAGCCUUUGGAAGCGCCUGACGGCCUUGCGGAAAAGCUCUUCCGAGCUCACCUCUUUCCUGAGAUACCAAGUUCCAUCAAUGGCGCUCUGACCCAGACUCGAAUGCCGAAUCUCUUUACGAGAACGCGUGAGGAAAUUUAUUCCAUCAUCUUGGCGUUGAGCAAUGACAUGGGUGGUUAUCAAAAAUUGCUGAUGCUUGUCAGAGAUUUGCUCUCCCAAGAAUGUCACUAUGAGCCGAACCUCAACUUCGAUCGAACAAAAUGCAUCCGAGCUCCAGCAGGAUAUCCUGGCCUAAGGAAUCUAUCCAAUACCUGCUAUAUGAACUCUUUGUUCACUCAGCUCUUCAUGAACGUCAAAUUCCGAGGAUUCAUGCUCAACACCAAUGUUGCAGAUGGAUCCUCAUCCCAGAGACUGCUCCACGAAACCCAACAGCUGUUUGCUUUUAUGCAAGAGUCGAUGCUGAAAUUUGUGGAUCCCUCGGGCAUCGCGGAAUCCCUAAUCACGUAUGACAAUACCGCCAUCGAUGUCUCAAUACAAAUGGAUGUUGAUGAGUUCUACAACUUGCUCUUUGACAGAUGGGAGAGUCAGAUCUUGUCCGGCGCCGACAAAAAGACAUUUCGCGCUUUCUAUGGCGGCCAAAUUGUGCAGCAAAUCAAGUCUAAGGAGUGUUCACACAUCUCUGAAAGAUUGGAACCUUUUUCGGCGAUUCAAUGUGACAUUCAGGGGAAGCUGACAUUACUGGACAGUCUCAACGCCUAUGUGGGUGGGGAGGUCAUGGAAGGAGACAACAAAUACUCCUGUACAUCAUGCGGCUGUUAUGUUGAUGCAGUUAAAAGGGCUUGCCUCAAGGAUAUCCCGAAUAAUCUCAUAUUCCACUUGAAGAGGUUCGACUACGAUGUCAUGACUGGUAUGCGAAGUAAAAUCAACGACAUCUUCGAAUUUCCAGAACAGAUUGACAUGGCUCCUUAUCAUGUCGAUUAUCUGAAAGAUCCGGGGGAGUCAGCUUCGACCGAUUUGUUCAACCUCGUCGGUGUGCUCGUUCAUAGCGGUACCGCCGAAUCCGGCCACUACUACUCGUACAUUCAGGAGCGCCCGUUAGGCGCUGCAAGCGGCAAGACAUGGGUCGAGUUCAAUGACAUCGAUGUGGUACCUUUCGACAACUCACAUAUUCCGGAUCAGUGCUUUGGAGGCUUCACCGAAUCUUCCGGUUACUCGUCACGUUAUUUGAAGUCCUGGAAUGCGUAUAUGUUGUUCUACGAGAGAUGCGACCCCAAAUCGUCACACGACGAAACUCAUUCUCCCAAAUCGUUUGGGGUCCCAGCCAAGAGUCCAAUGCCGACUGAGAUCGAAACCCCUGUCGCUUUCAAUAACGGGGGUUGGCUUCGGACCUAUUGCAUGUUCGAUCCGGCGCAUGCAGCCUUCGUAAGACAACUUCUGGAGCAGCUUCGGAUCGUGAACGAAGACAAGUGUACGGAAGACCAUGGAAUGGAGAAGGAAGCCAUUCUGCUGUCGUUAGAUCAUCUCGACAGGGUACUAUCGAGAUCCAAAGAUUGUCCCGAUUUUGGGAAGAUGCUUGCUUCGCUAACCAAAGUUAUCGGUUCUUGCUCGACCUGCUGCAGAAUCGCCCUAGACUGGGUGCUGCAUCAUGAGUCCGCUCUGCGUAACCUGCUGCUCCGCUGUCCUUCUCCGAAAGUCCGCAAGGACUUUGCUGGCAUGAUCCUUGUUGCACUCAAGCAUCUCCGAAACAACGAGCCGCGGUGGUUUGGCUUUGACGAAGCAGACGAGAUCGCGCGCGUAACAUCAAGAAAGGAUAUGCACCCGGAUGGUGUCUUUCCAAGACUCGUUCGCCGUCUGAAAGACCUUUGGAACUUCAUGCCUGUACACAUACGCGCCUGGGAUGACUACUUUGGUCUGUUGGCCGAAAUGGUCCUGUUCGGGGUACAUGAGUGUCACGUUCUUCUAAACCAAGGAUUUCUUUCAGGCUGUCUGGAAAUUCUGCUUGUUGACAACCCCAAAGUUCCACGACUCCGCAACGAGCAUCCUCACUACGGCCAUUAUUUCCGCCUUGUGGAGAAGGGCCGAAACUUCUCCUUGAACAAGCUCACCGAGCUGCUCGCCAACCUCCUGGACAAAGUGGAACUGCGAGACGACACCGUGCGGGGAACCCGUGAGCGCAAGGUGAGGAAAGACGGAAUGCCGUUGACUUUUACUGAGGAUCAAUACAUGCGUUUCGGAAGCGACCUUUCACGCUCGAAGGAUACUUGUGUAUUUUUGACUAAGAUCCUCGAAGCGGGCAGCAAUCCGCCAGCUACGAAGAGAAUAAUCCGAGCGAUGGUCCUUGCAGAGCCGGACUUUGGCACGCUCACACUGGUUCAGAAUACGAUCAUCAGUGGCAUCAACAUCGAUCCGGCAACUUUGGCUGCGCCUUUUCUGCGCGCCGCAAUCGUCUUUUGUGAAUCUUGUCCAGCGGAAAUCAAUGCCCGGCAUGUCAUCAACUACAUUGCUGGAGAGGUCGACACAAUUGGGGUGUUUGGAGGGCGGGAGCAUCUCGACUUUUUUUCCCAGGCACGCCGAAUACAAAGCCUAAGCCUUGAGAGAUCGCCAGACUUCUUCAAUCGCUGCGUCCUGAAGACAGUGCCGCAAUGGGCGCCUCCAUUAGUGAUGUACUUUGAGGAGCCUGUGCGAAAUAGCACAAUCGACCUCCUUAAGACGCUUGUAUUUGGCCAUGACAUCAAGGCCAUGGAUGACGAGGAGUAUGCUGAACUUAUCGAAAGGGUUGGGAGAGAUCUUCAAGUAGCUUGUACGAGGCGCUGCCACUUAUUGGUGCAGGCGCAGAAGACCCAGGACGCCAAGAGCGUGGAACAGGUCAUCACUGUUAUCAGACACUGUCUUCAGAUGUACUACGGACCGGAACAUGAUCAAAGGCCUAUUGUUGAAGCCGAAAAUAUCGUAGCCAGCCUAGAGGCUUUGACGGUUUCUGAUGUGGAUGAAGCGGCUUCAGAAACUUGGAACAAUGCAUCCGACGACAUACCUACAGACUCAGAUUCGGAGUUCCCCUCUCCGUAG